AAAAUUGAGUACAGUGUUUAGUGUCGAGUGCAAAAUAAUACUGGAGCCAACCAGCUAUAUACACACUCUCUCUCUCUUUUGAAUAAUGCAGAGCCGAGUUGAGCUCCACGCGCCACCGUAACGAAGAUUACUGAAGUAAGCAGACAUGGGAUGCGCGGCGUCUAAACUCGACAGCGAGGACACUGUCCGGCGGUGCAAAGAUCGCCGCCGUCUGAUGAAAGAAGCCGUGUACGCUCGCCACCACCUCGCCGCCGCUCACGCCGAUUACUGCCGAUCGCUUCGUGUAACUGGAUCCGCUCUCUCCUCGUUCGCCGGCGGCGAGCCUCUCUCCGUAUCCGAUCAAACUCCCCAACAAUCUCCGGCCAAUCGUAUCCCUCCACGUGUCCCUCCGUCACCUGCUCCUCUUCUGAAGCUGAAGCAGGCUCCUCCGAUCACCUCCAACCGACGGAGGAAACAGCAACACAAGCCCAAGGUGCCUCAUAUACUCUCGGACUCGAGCCCUUCGUCUUCUCCGAUGAGUCAGAGAUCCAAUUUCUACCAGAACUCGGCGUACUCCGCUACUCCCUCACACGCCUCCUCCGUCUGGAACUGGGAGAAUUUCUACCCUCCUUCUCCUCCAGACUCCGAGUUCUUCGAUAAGAAGGCUCAAGAGAGGAGACAGAAGCCAGAUAAUAAUCCCUUUAGCCAUCACACCCAUGAUACCGAGACGGAGAGGUCAGAGUAUGACUUCUUCGACUCGAGUAAGAAGAAUAAGAAUCAGUUUGAAUCAGAUGAUGAGGCUGAGGAGGAGGAGACGGAGAGAGAGGAAGUACAUUGUAGUGAAUGGGACGUUCACGAUCAUUACAGCUCUACUAGCUCCUCUGAGGAAGAAGAAGAUGACCAUAUGGAGUCAAUCUCCGAGAUUGGGACUAAUCCGACGAGUAGGCAUCAUCACCAAGACCCUUCUUCACCAAUGCCGCAAGAAAGAAGAUAUCAUGAUAAAGCUGCUGAUGAUGAUGCGAGCUAUGGAGGGGGAGGAGAGAUGGAGAUGGUGGUUAGGCAUAGAGAUUUGAAAGAGAUUGCUGAUUCCCUCAAGGAGAAUUUCCACAAGGCGGCUGCGGCUGGUGAUCAAGUGUCUCAGAUGCUUGAGCUAGGCAGAGCUCAGCUUGAUCGGAGUUUCGGACAGUUGAAGAAAACUGUGAUUCAUUCGAGUAGCUUACUAAGCACCCUGAGCUCGACAUGGACCUCGAAGCCGCCGUUGGCAGUCAAGUACAGGCUUGACACGACGGCAUUGGAUCAACCAAACAGUGUCAAGAGCCUUUGUUCCACUCUUGACCGUCUCUUGGCAUGGGAGAAGAAGCUCUAUGAAGAAAUCAAGGCUAGAGAAGGUGUGAAGAUUGAGCAUGAGAAGAAGUUAUCCCAACUUCAAAGCCAAGAGUAUAAAGGGGAGGAUGAAGCUAAGCUAGACAAGACAAAGGCCUCUAUAACGAGGUUACAGUCACUGAUCAUUGUUACAUCUCAAGCUGUUACUACCACGUCUACGGCUAUUAUCCGUCUUCGUGAUACCGACCUUGUUCCUCAACUUGUUGAGCUAUGUCAUGGCUUUAUGUACAUGUGGAAAGCUAUGCAUCAAUACCACGAGACACAGAACGGCAUCGUAGAGCAAGUUCGAGGGCUCAUCAACAGAUCAAGCAAAGGCGAAUCAACCUCUGAGCUACAUCGACAAGCCACACGCGACUUAGAAUCAGCCGUCUCUUCUUGGCACUCCAGUUUCACUCACGUGAUCAAGUUCCAGCGUGACUUCAUACACUCGGUUCACGCAUGGUUCAAACUAACCCUUCUUCCGGUUUGCCACGAAGACGCCGCAGUUAAAGAGCCAACGGAUGCUUACGCCUUCUGCGAUGAGUGGAAACUCGCUCUUGACCGUGUUCCCGACACGGUCGCAUCCGAAGCAAUCAAAAGCUUCAUCAACGUGGUCCACGUGAUAUCCUCGAAGCAAGCAGAUGAACAAAAGAUAAAGAAGAGAACAGAGUCAGCAUCAAAGGAGCUGGAGAAGAAAGCUUCGUCACUUAGAAACCUAGAGAGGAAAUAUUAUCAGUCAUACUCAAUGGUCGGCGUCGGUAUACCAGAUUCAGGACCUGAACACAUGUUAGACGCCAGAGACCCGCUAAGCGAUAAGAAAUCGGAGCUUGAGGUUUGCAGAAGGAGAGUAGAGGAAGAGAUGGUGAAGCAUUCAAAGGCAAUAGAAGUGACGAGAGCCAUGACUCUGAAUAACUUGCAGACAGGGUUGCCUGGUGUGUUCCAAGCUUUAACGAGUUUCUCUGCUUUGUUCAUGGAGUCUCUUCAAACGGUUUGCACUCGCUCAUACUCUAUCAAAUAGGACAUUAUAUUGUAUAAUGUAUACACAGCAGCUUAUUCAAUUCUUAUAAUUUUUAAGUA